CGAUGAAUUGCGAAUACGAUUAUCUGUUCAAACUCGUCUUGAUAGGCGACUCCGGCGUCGGGAAGACAUCUCUAGUCAAGCGGUUCUCAAAAGAUAAUUUCAUGGCUUGCGAAGGGCCGACCAUCGGAGUCGACUUCGCAAUCAAGACAAUUGAAACGUCAGGCAAGACCUUAAAGCUGCAAGUAUGGGACACUGCGGGUCAAGAGCGAUUCCGUACAAUCACGCAGAGCUACUACAGAAGUGCGCAUGCUGUUGUGAUUGUCUAUGAUGUAACUAACCGUACAUCAUACGAACAUGUACCCUCCUGGCUUGAAGAGGUGGAAUAUCACAGUGGAAGGGAUGUCUCCAAGGCGUUGGUGGGUAACAAGGCCGACUGUAGAACAAACAGGAUUGUAUCAGCCGAAGAGGGUCAAAGUAUGGCAAGCAAGCAUUCCAUGACGUUCCUCGAAACGUCAGCCAAAACAGCUAGCAAUGUCGAAGAACUCUUUCUAGAAGUCGGAAAGUGUCUAUGUGCUAAGAUCGAGCAGGGAAAUGUGACGAACUCCUUCCUAGCAGGAAAAAGGAAAGACGGAUUUGUUGCAGUACUAGACACACAGAGAAUUGGUAUAAAAGGAACUGUUGCGACUGGAUGUUGUAGAGUCUAGACGUAGACUCUGUAGUCUAGAGAAGCAGUUUUACUGCAUACAUUCAAUGAUUGUACAUUUUAUAUCCAAAUAUUAUAAUAAAUUGCUGUGUUGUGGA